CUUUUUAACCGACAAGAGAAUUGUUUUUACUAAGCGGGUGGAGUCGUUUUAUCUUAAGGUAUAGCAACAAGUGUGUGAUAAUUGAAAAAAUUGAAGAAAAAACAUGGGUUGUGCGGUUAGUACAACUGGAGAAAAGGCAGCCCUUGCUAGGUCUAGAAAAAUAGACAGGGAUCUGCGAGCAGCUGGAGAAAAGGCUGCUAGCGAAGUCAAACUAUUGCUUCUUGGUGCUGGUGAAUCCGGGAAGAGCACAAUAGUUAAACAAAUGAAAAUUAUUCAUGAACUAGGAUAUACACAAGAAGAAUGUGAACAGUACAGGCCAGUUGUUUAUAGCAACACUAUACAAAGUUUAAUGGCCAUAAUAAGAGCCAUGGGACAGUUGAGAAUAGAUUUUGCAGAUUCCAGUAAAACCGAAAUUGCAAGACAGUUUUUCACUUAUGCAAGUUCUGCAGAAGAAGGUGAGCUCACCCCUGAUUUGGUAAUAAUGAUGAAAAAGCUAUGGCAAGAUUCUGGUGUACAAUCGUGCUUUGCUAGAUCCAGAGAAUAUCAAUUAAACGACUCUGCAGCUUAUUAUCUCAAUGCCUUAGACAGAAUUUCCCAUCCUAAUUAUAUUCCAUCACAACAAGAUGUAUUGAGGACCAGAGUAAAGACUACAGGGAUUGUGGAGACCAACUUUUCUUUCAAAAAUCUACAUUUCAAAAUGUUUGAUGUUGGUGGACAACGUUCAGAAAGAAAGAAAUGGAUUCAUUGCUUCGAAGGAGUUACCGCUAUCAUUUUUUGUGUAGCAUUAUCUGGUUAUGACCUGGUACUCGCCGAAGAUGAAGAAAUGAACAGAAUGGUGGAAUCUAUGAAGUUAUUUGAUUCUAUCUGCAAUAGUAAGUGGUUUGUAACCACUUCUAUAAUUUUGUUCCUUAAUAAGAAGGACCUAUUUGAAGAAAAAAUAGUACGUAGUCCUCUCACUAUUUGCUUCCCUGAAUACACAGGAUCGAAUACAUAUGAAGAUGCUUCGGCCUAUAUAAGGAUGAAAUUUGAAAAUCUCAACAAACUGAAGGACCAGAAAGAAAUCUACACACAUUUCACUUGUGCUACGGAUACUAAUAAUAUACAAUUUGUUUUUGAUGCUGUCACUGAUGUAAUCAUAAAGAAUAAUCUCAAAGAUUGUGGCCUUCUCAUGUAGAUUGACUUACACAGGGUGUUUUUGAUACAGGAAACAUUUAUUUAUUACUACGUUUAUUGUUUAUUGGCUUCACCCUGUAUACUGUGCAAUAUUCUUCUAUAUAGUGGAAGAUACUUGUCAAUUAGUAAAACAUCGAAGCCAUGAAGGUAUGUAAAUAAAAAUGAGGUUGUACCUAAUAAUUAAGUAUACAGGGUGAUCUAAAAUGUUUGUCAAUUGUAAACUAAUGCAAUUUACUUGAAUCUGGCAGCUGUUAGACAAAAUGAAAAAUUGUUAAUAUGAAUUUUUGUUUACCCUGUCGAUGUUGAUCUGCACCUAAAGCUAAACAGGAAGUGAAUAUUAUUUAUCAUUGUAAAGGAACCCAUACAUAUUAAAAUUACUUAAAUAAGUUUCAGUUAAUUGUAAGAUCCAAUAGUUUUGUACUUAUCAUCUUGAUUUUAAAUGAUCCUAUAUUUUCAGGGACUCAAUUAUAAUUUAUGUAUAUUUUUUUAAGUUAAUUUAACGCCAUUUUAUAUUACAUACAGAUCAAGUUUAAUUUUGAUCAUCAUGACAGCAAAUAUUUAUUUUGGGUUAAUUAUAAAUGAUUUGACUAACUGAACCUUUCUUUUUGUUCAAACUACAUUCUGAACAUGCUGUCCACUACUAACCACUACCCUAACAAUAACACUAUCUGAUUCUUCUAGUUUUUCAUAGGUUAUUAACUGGCUUGAAGAACCAAACAGUGUUGAGGGUUGGUUUAGUGGUAGUAAACAGUGUUUAGUUUGAUUAGUUGGUUAAAAAUACACUGUUGUGUAUGGGGUCCCCUUAUAGUGGUGGUCUAUUACUUAUUUUAUUUUUUUAUAUUGCUUUUUUUGUAAAACUGAAGACUUAACUAGCCAAACAUUUGUACUUCAGUUAAAUUCGCUUCAUGUUGAGUUUCAAGACUGAUUUUCAGUAGGAAAACAAUUCAGUAAAAGCCCGACUGAAACAAACUUUUUUUGGAGGGUCAUUAAUCGAAACUAAAAUCAUUUUUUCAUUGGUAUUUCAUAUAUAUUAAUCUUUUUCUCGCCUAAAAUUUUGACAUCUCGUCAAAAUAUUUUAUAAUUUAUUUUAUAUUUUAUACCAUUGCAUACUGGUGUUUACAUAUUAUAGUCAUAUGUAUAUUUCAUUUUUUAAAAAUUAUUUCUACAUCAAAAUUAAUGGUUGCCACACACGUUACGUUUCACCUGAGGGGUCUACCUGUGCUGGUACGUCCCCUUAAACGCUAUCAAUGGUUGACCUGCGCAGGUAAACCUGUGUAGGUAACAUUUCCUGUAGACAGUUGAAUAUAUGAAUUACUUUUAUGAAGAAAACAAGAACCCCGAUUCUUUGUCACUCAAAAAGACUUGAAGAAUUCUGGAAAAGAAUUAUUUCGAACUACGCUUAUAUUCGAGUUUGUUAUUAAUUGUUAUAAAAUAUCAAACUUUAAUUCGUCUACAACAAUGUAUGUACAACUAGCGCCAUUUUGGUGGGUUUUCUAUAAUAAACAUAUGAAAUUGUUGUAGAGGUUAGAUACAUUAUUCUGUUGGUUAGGUUAUUCUUCUUUUUUUUAGUAAUUCGUGUUUGUUAUCAAUUUCAUUUGAAACAUUUUAAACUCAACCAAUUUUCAACUUUUGACUUGUCAGUAUUAUAAAAAGAUUUUGAGAAACCAUUUUCUUGGAGAGAUUGAUUUUCAAAUGUUAUCAGUGACAUAGUAUACUGGUUUUGAAGUGGGGACUUCUGAGUUGAUUUUUUAAUGUUUUGUCUUGUAACCAUGUAUUUUUGAAAGUUUUCGAAUUUUUAUUUUUAUAUCUAUCAAUAUUUUAGGUAUAUAGCAUUUUUUUGUUCAUUUCAUUUCUCGUAUUUAUGACUAAAUAUGACGCGAUUACUUCGAAACUUACGUUCGUUUCUUUUAUUUCAGUCGAUUUUUUGAAUCUACAUUUGGUAUAAUUUUUCAGUGGGAUCCAUAUUGAUCUAAUUAUUUUGAUAAUAUACAAAUUAUUUUUUUGACAAUAAUUUGACUGAAGUACACGCGCUGCUCUCUGUUUUUUAGUAGAUACUUAGUUUUUUUUUAUUAAUUGGAGCCAUAUGACUUAUUUAGUAAUAACAAUCAUUCCUAAAAAGACUUUUCAUAUAACGAUAUCUGCCACAUAGCAGUAUUCCAAAAUUUGACUCGAAAAUUUAUUGUAUUAUAAUGUAAAGAGAUUACUUAGUAGAAUUUAAAUUUUUCCGAGUUGCCAUGUUGAACAUUUUUUAAUUAUUUACAUUCAAAUGUGCCUUCUGGUUGACAAUGUUCGCUAAAUAGAGUAACAACCAACACAAUUUAUUUAUCUACUAAUAGUUUAUAUGUAUUAAAACAUUCAUUGGACUAGAAAUUGUAAAGACAUAAUGAAACUGAAUAGUACUAAGCUCGAAGAAGAAGACUGCAUAUUUUAAAUAGCCCAAAACUGAAAGGCCGUCCGCCCACGACGCAACUGUUUUGAAAGAAAGGUUGCAAACCAGUUGAUCUUGCAAUAGUUUGGCAAUCAAAAUAAAACUUUUGAGCGCACACGGAUACGACUCGUAAUCAGUUGCCAAACCAUUGCAAGAUCAACUGGUUUGCAACUUUUGUUUCAUAAUAGUUGCAUCGUGGGCGGCCGACUAAAGGCUGCAGUGAGGACUCAUGAUCUCGUAGAUAAAUUUUGAAUGUAUCUACUAUAAUAUAUAUCCACUGAAGUCUGCGUUUAUUCAACUUUUUAAUGACAUUCAUACACAAAACUGUAGUAGAAAUUAUAUUGUG